UAAAAUGUAUGUCUUUCGCAAUAGAAAGAGUUGAUAUAUAUCUCUGGAACCAACCAUGCACAUUGAUUACAGGAAUUGGUUAAACGUAAAGUAACGACCAUGGUCUCCGUGGCUAGUACUUGGGUAUUUUUAGUGAGCUUUUUAUCUAUCAUAAAUCACGUGGUAUCGGGCUCAUACUGCUACUACAGUUACUACUACAGAUACUACUAUUGUUACUACUACUACGACACUUCCAGUGGGUCAAUCAUUGGAAGUGUGGUGGGAUCCAUUGUAGUGAUCAUUAUCAUCGUAGUAAUCGGCGUGAUCAUCUUCUGCAAGAAGCACAGACAACCCGGGGCGAUCGUUCAACCUGCAUCGACAAAUGUGACCACCGUCCAUCACACGAACACGACAGUUCCUCCAAUGCAACCCGGAUAUGGACAACCAAUGGGAUACGGACAACCCGGACACGGACAACCGAUGGGGUACGGACAACCAGGGUACGGACAACCGAUGUCAUACGGAGGACAACCCACAUUUGGAGCACAACCGCAGUCAGGCUACAGUCAACUUCCGGGCAGCAAUCCCGCUUACCCGCCUCCGCCACCGGCUAAGUAUUGACGAAUGGAAACAUUUCUGUCUUACCAGACGGAAAAAUACUACCGCACAUCAUGCGGUACUGUGUAAUAUUAAGUAUCUUUACUAAUAUCUUUUUAAUUCAAUAUUUCAUAUUGUAGGAGCAUUAAUUUUAUUCCAGAAUGAUUAGCGUUUUGCAUGUUGUGUAUUUUGAUAUUUAUUUUGCUCAGACAGAUAGUCAGACGGGAAAAUGUGAUUUCUUUCGUUUGAGGAACGAAUUAGACAGAAAUCAAUUUCUACUUGGUAAUUAUAAUGAAUGGAUUAUUCCGGAUAUUUCAAGUUUUCAAUUCGAAUACCUGUAUAGGUAUGUUCAGUAAUGCGGUUCAAUGGAACCAGUUUUAAUCGAGUAACGAUGUAAAAUCAGUUUAGGACGACACGUAGAGCAGACAACACGUUUACAUUUCAUACUAAAACUAAUUUGUAUUUACAUUUAUGUAAUUAUAGUACGUUGUAUUGUUACAACAUUAAAAGCUGCUGCGUGUUGUUGCUAGUCCAUUUAGUGUGUUAUGUUGUUUUUAUUACUGAUCUUAUAUCAGAAAUGAAUGGGUUUUAAAGGAGAAUACUACCGCAGAUUAUGCGGUAUUAUGUGAUAAACUGUUGCAGCAUUAAGUAUCUUUACUAAUAUCUUUUUAAUUCAACAUUUCAUUUCGUAGGAGCAUUAAUUUUAUUCCAGAAUGAUUAGCGUUUUGCAUGUUGUGUAUUUUGAUAUUUCUUUUGCUCAGACAGACAGUCAGAGAAAGAGAUGGUCAUAAUGGCUGACUUCCUUUUAAAACAUGGAUGAAAAUAAAAAUAUCAGCAAUAUUAAUUUUGUCUAUUCAUUUAAAAACUUCUCGCCAAGCUGAGUAACUCAGUAGGUUAGCACGUCGACUGCUGAACUGUAGAUCGCGUGUUCGAGUCAACCAGGUGUUUUAAAUUUUUCUCAGAUUGUUUUCUACUGAAAUUGCAAUUUUUCUUUUACUAAAUAAGGUAAAUUUGAAAGUUUCAAAAUAUUAUUGUUCAUAUCCUCCACUUUUCAUUCAUAUCAACUUUCUCUGGUGUAGCAAACCUCCUUAAGAACCUAAUGUGCGCUUGUUUUAUCAAAUAGAAUUGUACCUUAUUAGUAGAUUUCGAGUUAUCUUCUACUUGACAAUGAAUAGACAAAUAAAACGGUUUGUUUUACGAGUAUUGUCAAAUGGUAUCCUAUGAUUUGUCAGCGGCAGUCGAUAGUGUGUGGCAUUAAGGGUUAUUUUUCAAAUUAAAACUUAUGGAGUAUCUGGUCAUCUUUUUGGUUUUUAAAAACGUUAUCUUUGAAGUGUAAGGCAGAAAGCAGAAAGUUAUAUACAAAAACAAUUUAUUUCCCAUUAAUACUGUUUAUGCUGGUGUUCCACAGGGGUCUCUACUUGGACCCCUACUUUCUUUUAAUCUAUUUGAAUGAUGUUUGGGACAAAAUGUUGUCAAUGUGUAAACUUUUUGUAGAUGAUAAUUCUGUUCAAUACCCAACAGAUAAUGUUGAAAUUUAGCGUAUCAUCAAUCACGAUUUAUUUUCCCCUCUGUACAAAAUGCAUUAUAGAUUUUGUUAGGUUUUGAAUUGGUAUACAUGUAUAUAAUUUUCAAAACUAUGGUUGAAUUUUGAAAAGUUUGUAUGACAGUCUUCUUUAUAAAUGUGUUAAAUAUAAGUAUAUUGGAGAGUAUUGUUAAGUUUUAUGUACUUGUAUUAUACAAUGAAAUAUGUUCAAAACAAA